UAUGGGGAAUAAAAGAGUUUUAUUUUAGGCAUGGUCAGCGAAAAAGUUUGAUUUGAUAGCUCACUUCUUUUCUCUUCCUCUCAGUGGAUAAAAAAAAUGUUUGAGUAAAAUGAUGGCAACUAUAGAGUAUAUUUUUACUAUUAUUUCAAAUAUGUCUGUGAUUGAUUUUUAUAAGACACUUACAAGGAAGACACCAACAAAAUCAUACCAGUAAUACUGAUUGUCAAACUACAAUACAUAAUGCACUCUUAAUCUUUAAUUCAGUACAGUACAUUUGUUAAGUGUAGUUAAUUUUUCUACACGCUCAUUCAUAAACCGAACCAAACUCGUGUCACAAUUUCCGAAGGAUGUCUGUCAUUUUGUUUUCAAGCACUGUAUUCUAUCAGACGCCACUGGAGUGAGGCACGUUAUCUGUAAACCAAAACUCAGAUACACCCUCCGUUAUGACUCUGUCCAAAGGCCAAGGCAGUACAGAAGAUUAUGGAAAGUUUAUAAGAGAAGAGAGUGUCCUUCCUAGUCAGAGUGUGAUUGUGUGUGAGUGUGACUAGAUCGCAGCAUGUCAAGAAAAAUUUUACUUUGUGCGCUGGCUUGCUGGUGUUCUCUCUCUACUUCGUCGCUUGUGGAGAACCAGACAAGGGAAUUCCUGCAGAAAUUUGAUGAGGAAGCCAGUGCGCUUAUGUACCAGUACUCACUGGCAUCAUGGGCCUACAACACCAACAUCACAAAGGAGAACUCAGAUAAACUGUCAGAAGAGGGUCAAAUUUGGGGCAAGUUCUACACUGAAAGGUCAGAACAGGCUCAGAAAUUCCCCAUUAACGAAAUCAAGGAUCCUCAAAUCAAAUUACAGCUCAUCACACUACAAGACAAAGGUGCCGGUGCUCUCUCUCCGGAUGAAGCUUCACACCUGAGCAAGAUCAUGAGUGACAUGAGUACAAUCUACAGCACAGCAACUGUGUGCAUGAUGGACGACCCGCUAAACUGUGAGACUUUGGAGCCAGGACUGGAACACGUGAUGUCCACCAGCCACAACUACUCCGAGCUUCUGCACGUGUGGGAGGGAUGGCGGAGAGAGGUGGGCAAGAGGAUGAGGCCACUCUAUGAGGACUAUGUGCUUCUGAAGAACCAAGCUGCCAAACUAAAUGGGUUUGAGGACUAUGGAGCUUACUGGAGAUAUAACUAUGAGACUAUUGAUGAGGAAAGUCCAUACGAUUAUACCAGGAAUCAGCUAAUGGAAGAUGUACGCUCCAUCUAUAAACAGAUCCUGCCCUUAUACAAGGAGCUUCAUGCCUAUGUGAGGGCAAAGCUGAUGAAAGUCCACACAGGCUACAUUGAUGAAAAAGGACCUCUGCCAGCCCAUCUCUUGGGUGACAUGUGGGGAAGAUUUUGGACCAACUUGUAUCCUCUGUCAAUGCCCUACCAGGGUGAGAUUGAUGUCAGCAAAACAAUGGUAGAAAAGGGCUGGACUGAGCGGCGACUAUUCGAAGAGGCGGAGAAGUUCUUUAUGUCGGUGGGCCUGUACAAAAUGUUUGACAACUUUUGGACCAACUCCAUGCUGGUGAAACCUGAGGAUGGACGCACGGUGGUUUGCCAUCCCACAGCAUGGGACAUGGGGAACAAAGAAGACUUUAGGAUCAAAAUGUGCACUCAAGUCAACAUGGAGAACUUUCUGACUGUCCACCAUGAGAUGGGCCACAACCAGUACCAGAUGGCGUACCGAAACCUGCCCUACCUCUUGAGAGACGGCGCCAACGAGGGUUUCCACGAGGCCGUCGGGGAAAUCAUGUCCCUGUCUGCUGCCACACCCAAGCACCUGCAGAGCCUUGGCCUCCUGCCUUCUAACUUCACCUAUGAUAACGAGACAGAGAUUAACUUCCUUCUAAAGCAAGCGCUCACUAUUGUAGCCACUCUGCCUUUCACCUACAUGCUGGAGGAGUGGAGGUGGCAGGUCUUUGCAGGAAACAUCCCCGAGGAUAAAUGGAUGGAGCGCUGGUGGGAGAUGAAGAGAGAGCUCGUCGGUGUGGUGGAGCCCGUGCCGAGAGAUGAAACUUACUGUGACCCCGCUGCUCUGUUCCACGUUUCUGGAGACUAUUCCUUCAUCCGGUACUUCACAAGAACCAUCUACCAGUUCCAGUUUCAAAAAGCCCUUUGUGAUGCUGCCGGUCACUCCGAUGCCUUGUCUUCAUGUGACAUCACCGGUUCAACUGUCGCAGGCGCCAAACUCAGGAACAUGUUAGAGUUGGGUCGGUCCCAGUCGUGGACCCGAGCUUUACAUAAAAUAUCUGGAGAUAUCAAGAUGGACGCUAAACCACUGCUGGAUUAUUUCCAAAAACUUUACGUGUGGCUGAAGGAGGACAACAUGAAACACAACCGCGUCGUUGGCUGGGAUGCAGCGGUAGAUCCAUAUUCUGAUUAUGCCAUCAAAGUGAGGCUCAGUUUAAAAAUGGCCAUGGGUGAUGAAGCUUAUUCCUGGAACGCCAACGAGCAGUACCUGUUCAAAGCCAGCGUGGCCUACGCUCUGAGACAGUACUACAGCCAAAAGAACACCACCCUCCUCUUCACAGCGGAGAACGUUCUAACUUACAAACAAACGCCCAGGAUUUCCUUCUACAUUGUGGUCACCGAUCCAAAGAAUCCGUCCGUAUAUGUGCCAAAGGAAGAUUUGAAGGCAGCCAUACGACUAUCCCGAGGCCGACUCAACGAUGCUUUCCAACUGGACGACCACACACUGGAGUUUGACGGUAUCCCAGCAACCCUUUCACCUCCCGUGGAGCAACCGGUGGAGGUGUGGCUGGUGGUGUUUGGAGUGAUCAUGGGAGUGGUGGUGCUCAUGGGACUCUUUCUCAUUAUCUCUGGCAUCAAAGACCGCAAAAAGAAGAAUCGGAAAAGCACGGGGGUGGAAAAUCCCUACGAGCCUGAGGCCAAUGGACAGACCAACAGAGCCUAUGAGGACAGUAGUGAUGAACAAACCGGUCUCUGAAGAAUGAUCUGUGUUUUUUUUCCCACCUCGAAUGAAAAUUAAUGCGAGCUCAGCACCGGGCCUCUUUGAAAUAUCAUCAUAUCACAGGUAGAAACUUGACCUUCAGUUAUUUUAUUAUGGAUAAGUUAGGAACAUUCAGCUUUUGGGGAAGUUCAAUUUCCCCCAUUGUUUUAAGAGUCGUGUUUGUGAAACUAAUAAUGCAGCACUGGACUGUGUUGUAAAAUAUGUACUUAUAUAGCACUAAAACAAAGCCUCACAUACAUUUAAAUAUAUUUUGUUUCUUUUGUGUACACAAUAGCAUUGCUAAGGUUUAUUUAUCAGUGUUAAUAGGUGUAUGAUGUAAAUAAUAAUAUCAUUGAAUUCAUUAUAUUGAUCGUAAUAUCAAUGUACGGUAAAUGAUACCAUGCAAUGUACAAAUUGUAAAAAUGUGUUUGUAUAGGGGAAAAGAGCACUAUUGUGUUUUCAUGAAAUGUCAACAAAAUUGGGUUUUAUAAGCACACAUAGACAGACACAAAAAAAAAAGACAGAUUUUCUAUGUUUGAAUGAUGAAGAGGAAUGACUGAAUUCCUUGCCGUCCAUCUGACUUAGCCAUUUGUACAGCGUCUGUUGAAGCUGAAGUGGUAAUUUGGAUGUACCAUCCCCGGUAGAGUGCAGAUUCAAACUUGCGCUGCUUUGUGCUGUCCGACGUCAUGUAGAAGAUGAAACAAAGUUUGCUCUCAUCAUUCAUUGAAAUGCUUUUCAGCGUCUUCUUAUCCACUGCCUACAAAAACAAACAUGGUAAGAAUGCGGCAUUGAAAUGAACAAAAAAAAACAUUUACGGUGCUUGAUUUUGUUUUAAGCGUAUCAUGCCAAUUAUCUUUUUUUGCUUUCUUUUCAUUUUUGUUUUGAGUAGCUAACCCCCCAAAACUUUAUCAUCAAUUUAUUCCUGA